AUGUCAAUCUUCUUCACAGUGAAGUCACUGUUACUUCUUGCUGCUGUCUUUGGACACCAUGUAGGCCUCAUGCCGCCGCGACCGACGCGCGAGGAUGAGCUAGCGUACAAAGGUCAACUAUUCGAGCGCACGGUCAUGGCCCUUGCCCACCUCGUCAGGGGUAUCUGCCCCAACAGCUCUCCCGAGAGUCAUGCCCUAUUCAGCCUCUCCACACCAUUCGUCGCAGGGGUCACGACUAUCGUCCUUACCGCUGCCCUCCGUCUGUGGUGCUAUGCCACGCUUGGGCGACUCUUCACCUUCCUGGUCACGAUCCGGCCAGAGCACAAGCUCAUCACGUCCGGCCCGUACGCGUACGUACGCCAUCCGAGCUACACCGGCGUCGUCCUCAUGCAAAUUGGGGUCGCGCUAAUCGCCUUCGAGCCGGGAGGCUACAUGGUGCAGUGUCGGCUCCUGCGGACACCAAUUUGGUGGCUCGUGCUCAUGUGGGCGGUGUGCAAUACGUUCACGCUGUUGUCAUUGAACAAUCGGGCGAAGGUCGAGGACGAUCUGAUGAGAGUAACAUUCAAGGAAGAGUGGAAACGAUACAGUCAGCGAGUGCCUUACAAAUUCCUGCCGUUCAUUUUGUAG